UGUGGUGCUGUUUCUGCUGAUAACUUGCAGUCAGCUGAAAAGGAUGUUCAGUUGGGAUUUGUUCUGAGUAAAAGAAUACUGAGGACAGAAAAGACAUCAUUUACUCAAAAGAUCAUUAAUUGGGGAAUACAAUGGACCUCACUAUCAAAGACCUAAGUGGAAAACAGCAGCGUGUGAAUGUGUUGCCAAGUUCCACCAUUGGUGAACUCAAGCAACGCAUUGCUCCUCACUUUCAGGCAAGAGCCUCACGCCUGAAGCUUUCAGCCAGCAGCGGUCAGAUCCUGGACCAUGACCAGAAGACCGUGAGCGAUUACGGUCUGAGUUCAGGAUCCACAGUGAUGCUGCUGGUCUCCAUGACUCCCGUGCCCUUUCAGGUUUUCGUGAAGAAUGAGAAGGGCCAGAUAAAAACAUACGACGUCACUGACGACGAGACCGUCGAUCAGUUGAUGACAAAGGUCCGGCAGAAAGAAGGUGUACCAGUGGACCAGCAGCGGCUGAUCUAUAACGGCCAACAGCUGGAGUGUGGCAGGAAGCUGCAGGAUUACAACAUUGUUUCGGAAAGCACCAUUUACAUGACCCUCCGUCUGCGUGGAGGCUGAUGGGAAAAAUACAUGGAGAUCAUUUUCUCCAAUUUAACCACCAUUUUGACAAAAUAAUAGCAUCUGGAAUCCUAUUUUCUUCUCUUUCUUGACGCACUUUUGAGCACACUUUUAGAAACCAUCCAGUAGUGGUAGGGUUGUCAUAUUUAUUUAUUUAUUUAUUGUUUUUUAUUUAUUAAUUUUUUUAUUACAUAACAACACAUGUAUAACCAUCUUUAAAAUUAUAAUUAUGUCCCUUUUUGUUUAGUACCAAGACCAAAACAUGCUUUUGGAGUAAGUUCAUUCAGGGUUUAAAUGUUUUAAGAUUUAAAAGAUAAUAAUGUUUAGAAGCACGUUAAAAUCUCUUUUAUUUUUAAUUUGAAUCUCUGUCUGAAUUGGUCCACUGUUCAUAUUUAGCUUCUGUAUAUGUAUUGUCAUUUGUCUAAAUACUGCUUACAUUAUUAUUAUUAUUAUUAUUAUUAUUAUUAUUAUUAUUAUUAUUAUUAUUAUUAUUAUACUUUGACCUAUAAUCUAUCAGUAAUAGAAAGCGUAUUUAAUGGUAGUUUGUAACUCGAGUGUGUAAUCACUGUAAUGUGCUCUAGUCUGUUGUUCAUAUGCUGUGUGUCAAAAGUGAAUUUAUUUUUGGUGUUUAAUUUGCUCUUCAGUCAUUCCAGUGUCACCUGUUUAUUCUAUCUAUCUAUUCUGUGAAUAUAACAUUUUGCAUAUUAAAAUGAAACUGAAAUCAUUACUGCUGUUACUUCCUGGCAAACUGCUUUAAUAAAUUAUCCCUUUGGAUCAACACUC